AUGCGGCUCAUGUUUAAGCUGGCAACCGCGCCCUACCUGCGAGUCACACCGAGACCGACAACACAAUCCUUAGGUUUGCUGCUUCAUACUCGUCCUUUCGGGUCAAGCGGCGGGAGUGGCGGGAUUUCACGAAACCUCCUCGCUAGCAGGGAAGCUGCGGCGAACCGAAACCCGAACAGCGCCACGGCUCAGAAUGCGUUCUACCAGUUACUUCUCAAAGCGAACAUGCCGGCCAUCAUCAUCGAGCGUUACCAGUCCGGCAGAUUCGCCACGAAUGAAGCUGCCGAUGACGCCUACCACCGAGCCUUGAUGAUGCAACACCCGGUGGCUACCGGCAACGGGGACGUGUCGACCCAUUUCUCGGGCCACCAGACGGAUACGAACACCCCAACAGGUCACCUGUCCCAAGCACAGUUGCAGGCUGUGGGACAAGCCAUCGCGGCACGGUCGCGAGACGCAAACAUCGCUGUAGCUAAGGGUUCCGGUGUUGGUUCCAAGGAUGGGCCGUUGCACGUCGUGGUCGACGAAUCGGUUGGCGGCAUCGUGUUCCGUUGGGUUAAGUUCCUGCUGUGGUUCUGCUUCUUCACGUAUCUCAGUCUGGUCGUCGUCUCGUUCCUCAUUGAGGGUCUCAACUUGUUCAAGCGCCCAGGCGGCAAGACCGACUCCGAAGUGAGGGCGGAAGCCCAGACGACGAGGUUUGCUGAUGUCCACGGUGCUACUGAGGCGAAGGACGAGCUUCAAGAACUGGUCGAGUUCCUCCGCAAUCCUGGAAAGUUCUCUACUCUCGGCGGCAAGCUGCCCAAGGGGAUCCUCUUGGUCGGCCCCCCGGGGACUGGCAAGACCCUCCUCGCCCGUGCCGUCGCUGGCGAGGCCGGUGUGCCUUUCUUCUACAUGUCGGGUAGCGAGUUCGAUGAGGUCUACGUCGGCGUCGGUGCCAAACGAGUCCGGGAUCUCUUCGCGGCCGCCAAGAGCAAGUCGCCUUCCAUCAUUUUCAUCGACGAACUGGACGCUAUCGGCGGGCGACGCAACGCCCGGGAUGCGGCAUAUGUGAAGCAGACUCUUAACCAGCUUUUGACCGAGCUUGACGGCUUCGAGCAGAACAGCGGAGUCAUCAUCAUCGCGGCGACCAACUUCCCGGAACUCCUCGACAAGGCCCUGACCCGUCCUGGCCGAUUCGACCGCCUUGUCACCGUGCCGCUGCCGGACGUCCGGGGACGAAUCGAUAUCCUGAAACACCACGCCAAGAAGAUCAAGGCGGCGUCGGAGGUCAACUUCGAGGCCAUUGCGGCUAGCACUCCAGGUCUGUCUGGAGCUGAACUAGAAAACAUCGUCAACCAAGCGGCCAUCCGAGCCAGCAGACUGAAGGAGUCGGCUGUGAUGAUGCGCGACUUUGAAUGGGCCAAGGACAAGGUCAUCAUGGGCGCCGAGCGGAAGACUGUGAUCGGCGAGAAGGAGAAGGAGAUGACGGCUUACCACGAGGCCGGUCACGCUCUUGUCUCGUUCUUCAACGUGCACGGUCCCAACAAGCUGUACAAGGUCACCAUCCUGCCUCGCGGCAGCACCCUUGGCCACACUGCACAUCUCCCGGAAAUGGACAAGUACUCGUACACCACGCAGGAUCUGAGAUCUCUCAUCGAGACAGCUUUGGGUGGCAAGCUGGCUGAGGAACUUGUUUAUGGCAAAGACAAGGUCACUACUGGCGUCUCCAAUGACCUUCAAAAUGCUACCAACAUCGCCUUUCAAAUGGUGGCACAGUACGGCAUGUCCGCCAAGCUCGGCCCGGUCGAAUACGGCAGGAGAUAUAAGCAACUCAGCUCGGAGACCAGGGCAGUGAUCGAGUCGGAGGUGCAUCGGACCAUCAGCGAGGCGCAAGAGAACGUGCGGGAGCUUUUGACGACCAAGCGGAAAGAACUCGACCUGCUGGCCAAGGCCCUCGUCGAGUACGAGACGCUCGACGUGUCGGAAGUCGAGAAGGUCAUUCGGGGCGAGAAGCUGGUGAACCGGAAACCUGUGCCCAAGGGUCCACUUGUGGUGCCGUCUAAGCCCGGACUUAUGCAGGCUCCCGGGAUACCGCCUUUGGAACCCGAUGACGGUGCUUCCGAGCCGCCUGCGUCGCCUCCUCCGGCAGCGCCUCCCGCGAACUAA